AUGAAGACUCUGAUCAUCCUGACGCUCCUGGGAUUUAUCCUCCCUGACACGACAGCGAGUGAGUUCAGAUUUUUUAAAAGUCGUUUUUAGUAAAGAGAAAAAUAGUUAACGUGGUUAUGAAAUGUAGAUAUGACUUUCAAGUUAAUUUGAUGUAAAGUCACAUCUUUUCAGCCCUGAGAUAUUAAAAAGUAUUUAAAAAUGACAUUUCUUCGCCUGUUAGAAGGCUGUUGUGUUUCCGGUCAGUAAAUUUGUCUGUUAAUGGAGCAACGCCGUCGUUGUCACGGAAAAAGUUGUCAAUUUCCGAGAGAAAGGCUUUCAAAAGUCAGAUUAGCUUGUAUCAAAUAAAUAGUUAAGACUGUAUACUAGAAAAAUUUAUAGAAUAAUUCACUUAAGGACAAUAAAUGUCAAAAAGCAGCACAAAUACGCAGCAAAAAAAAAAAAAAAAAAAAAAAAAAAACAACGGCAGAGAAAUACGGAAAUGGAAAGAAAUGCGUUUAAACAAAUUGACAAACUGUAAAAAAGAGCUCUUAAUUUUUACCUAUAGCUGUUAAGGACUGUGUUUAACUUAAACUCUAUUUAUCAACCAUGAGCGUUUAAAAAAAAUCAGUUUUAAAUUUGGGACUUUAAUUUCAACAACUACGAGUUCAGUCUGUCAGCCUGAGUUUAGAAUUAAGCAUCAAUAUCUGAUCAAUAUCUGAAAUCAUCCAUAUCAACCUUUGCUUCAUUUGUCCAGUAUAAGCAGUUACUGAUUAGUUUUUAUUAACAGAGUCAACUUCAACUUGACAAUUUUGGCACUUUGUGGUUUAGAAGAGAUUAUUUUGUUUUUAAAGAAGGUUCAGAUCAGAAAAUAAUGUGAUCAAAAGCAGAUGACAGCACAGGAAUUAAAAAUAAGUAGUAAUUUAAUUAACAUUUCUCACUAAGAUUAUUCUGCUGAUACCUUUUAGAUAAUCUAAUAUAGAUUUCUUUGAAUAACUAAAAUCAGUUCAGAGUGACGUGUUACAAUCAAAUAAAUGAUCUUAAAAGUGAUUAAUCUGCUGCUGAUCCAAUAUUUUACUGAGACUCAGAAAAACUACAGGAUCUUGGUCUUAGAAAUAUGACAAAAAAAUGAAGCUUUAUCAACCCACAAUUUUCUGAGCUUAACAUAAUUUCCAGAAAUUGUAGUUUAUAAUUGUGAUUUAUAAAUAAGUUUCAGUUUUCUGUUGAUAUCAGAGGUUCAACUUUAAUAAUUGUCAUGUUUUAGUUUAUAUGUUCCAAGAAGUGAUGUAUUGGAUAUAUUUUGGUCUUACUUGCUGAAUUCAGAAAUGAUGAUCCACGAUUUGAUGACCACGAUUCAAAAAUAACUGAAAUUACUUCUCGACUUUUUUUUAAAUAAAAAAUAUAUCAAAUUAAAAAAAAGUCCAAAUGAGCAGCAGAAACAGCUCACAGAGAAACACAAGUUAUUGUUGAGCUCUGAUUAUAAUCAAAUAUUAGAUUCAGGAUACUCAAAUAGCAAAAAUAAUGAGUAAAAUAAUAAUUUUAAUGACAUGUAUUGUGUUCACUUUGUCAUCCCAUUUGUAAUGAGAGAAUAAACUUGUUCACUUAUAAUUAAUCUUUGUCUGUAAAAUUGUGUAUCAGCUGAUAUUUUCUUAUCACAGAUAUUUUGGUGUCUGUACUUUAGUUUGCUGGUAAAUAACAGGAAACUUCAGACAGAGUGUGUCCAUUACAGAGUUUAUCCACAGGAGGGCAGUCACGAGUUCAGUCUGUCAGCCUGAGUUUAGAAUUAGGCCGCAAUAACAAACUGAUCAAUAUCUGAAAUCAUCCAUGUCAAUAGCAAAAAUAUUGAGUAAAGUAUUAAAGUAGUGUGUUGACUUUGUCCUCCAACAGUCAGAUAAUGAGAGAAUAAACUUCUAAUGAAUCACAAUAAAGAACAAAAAACCUCCAUGAACGAUCAGAGUUUGAUCUCACGCUGACAUGAUCAGAGCAAAACAGAGAGCUACAGUCGUUGGUACAAAUCUGUCAUUAAAGACAUGUUAUUGAAAUAUUUGACUCUUCUAAUUAUAUAUGUGAGGAAAAGAGAAACACUUUCUGAGAAACAUUCAUCAGGAAAAUCAGAAUUAAGAGUUCAAUAACUGAUUUUUUUGUCUUUUCAUUAAUUAGAGUUUUUACUGACUGCAGAUAAAUGAUAAUGUCGUGUUGAAUGCUCUGUAGUUAUUCUUUCUCAGGUGUGCUGGAUUCAAACUUUGUUCAGUGAUGUGAAAAGUGUAAAAUAAAAACUGAAAGAUUGAAUUAUUGUCUUUACAGGGUCUCACUCUUACAAGUAUUUCUAUACGGCGUCUUCUGGAGUCCCAGACUUCCCAGAGUUUGUGGCUGUUGGGAUGGUUGAUGAUCUUCAGAUGAUCUACUUUGACAGUAACACCAGGAGAGCAGUACCUAAACAGGACUGGAUGAGCAGAGUCACAGAAGAUGAUCCUAAGUACUUGAAGAGAAGCAGUUAUACCUUCCAGGGUACCCAGGAGACCUUCAAAGCCAACAUUGAAAUUUUGAAACCACGCUUCAACCAGACUGGAGGUUUGUUCAUGUUUCACUUUUCAAUGAUAACAUGUUGAUUAUAUUUUAGUUCUGUAAACAGUUGAUACCAAACACACACACACACACACACACACACACACACACACACACACACACACACACACACACACACACACACACACACACACACACACGCUGAAGUGUGUUUUUAUCCAUGUAGUUGAAACAGUCUCACUGAAGUCUUUCUGGUCUGAAACAGUCUGAACAGAAACAUCCGUGUCUCUCAGACUAAGUAGACUCGGCUGUUUUGUGCUGAUUCAGCGUUUCUGUCCAUCCCAUAAUAACCCACAGAGACGAUCAACACUUUCCCUCCACUAGAUCAGAUCAGAAUAAGUCCACUGAAGCGUCCACAGUGAGUCGCUCCACGUUAACUCUCUUGUAGAAAACCUGUGGAUCACAGCAGCUCAACAACACACAGCUGAUAGAGGGACAUUACUGCCUGGUUUCUCAAACUGAGGAGCAGGACCGUUAAGGGGACACAGGCUGCUUGUGCUGGGUCCCAACAUGAGAGGAGGAGCAGCGUGUUUUAAUAAAGCUGCUGACGGGACGACGUGAGAAAAAAAUCAUAUUCAGAUCAGAGGUUAAAAAAGUGAAGCAGUAAAACUCGACUGUACCGACAACACUGUGUUCAUAAUCUAUAAAAGAAACUGCAGAUUAGAUUAGAUUAUCUUGACUUGAGUGUGUCUUUGUCAGAAUAAAGAGUGUAAAUGAAUGUUUGUGUUAUUUGACCUCAGCUGUUUGAGAAAUUGUGCAAGAUUAUUUUUUUUAUUGUUAUUUAGCGAGUUAAACCGAGUAUCAGUUCAUUUAUAAACAGACAUGAUAUCAUCAGAAAUGACAGAAAUUCACAGUCUGAGCUCUAAAUAUGUUGUUAGAAACAUAUUUGAUCAGGUGAACUCUACUGGACUGAUAUACAGAGUUCACCUCAGAACAUAGAUGGAUUACAGAACUGUAGAUUACAUGAGAUUAACUGGAGUUAAAAAGAAGUAAAUGAUUAAUCUGUAAAUGUCAAAAUAACAGGAGAAUGAAAAUAAUCUUCAAUCUCAGAUCUUAAUACUCAGUAAAACUACAGAUUAGAUGAGAUUAUCUCCUCUGUUCUGACCUCAGGGUUGGUUCCUCCUCUCAGGCUUCAUCAUCAUCAUCAUCAUCAUCAUCAUCAUCACACAAACAUCUGCAGGUGUAAACAGCUCUCAGGUUAUAUUGAAUGAUUGACACAUGUUUGGACCAAUCAGGAGUCCCAGACUGCCUCCCAGUCUCCAUGAUGGUCCUGGUGGUCUCUGUCUGAUUGUGAGCAGCUGUAGUAACACACUGAUGAACACUGUGAGGAGGGGGAGGAUCCUGGACCACUGAUCCUGGACUCACACGCUCCUUCAGUGUGUAUGUGUGUGUGUGUGUGUGUGUGUGUGUGUGUGUGUGUGUGUGUGUGUGUGUGUGUGUGUGUGUGUCAGUCAGUUGAUGAUAUAUGACUGAGCUGUGAUCACACUCCAUCUCACUGAACUCUUCCUCCUCUCUUUGUCUCGCUCAGGUGUUCACACUGUCCAGAUGAUGGUUGGCUGUGAGUGGGAUGAUGAGACUAAAGAAGUCAAGGGUUGGAAUAAUUAUGGUUACGAUGGCGAGGACUUCGUAGCGCUGGACAUGGAGACAAUGACAUGGAAUGCUCCUACACCUCAGGCCGUCAUCACCAAACAGAAGUGGGAUAAUGACAAAGCUAAUUCAGGAUUUUGGAAGAACUACCUAACCCAAACCUGUCCUGACUGGCUGAAAAAGUAUGUGGAGUAUGGAAGGAGCUCUCUGAUGAGAACAGGUAAGAUCACAGACCUGAUGUAACUUUAUCCUGACAAUAAACAAACUUUUUUUAACUGUCAUGUUACACUGAGUAAUGAACGUCUUUCUUUAUUUUGUGCUUCUCUUCAUCUUUUUGUUUCUCACUACUUUUUUAAACAUGUUAUUCUUUCUAUUUUCUGCACAUUUGUCUUUCUGAGUGUUUCUCUUUAUUUUCUGAUUUAAUUUCUCUCUGCCCCGUUUUAAUCUCUUAACCCUCUUCAAUUUUCUCUUUUCUCCUCUGCACUUUUGUUUGUUUUUCUUCAUUUCAUGUAAAUAAGGUUCAUUCCCAUUGAUUAAUUUUUUUACAAGGCAUUAAAAAAGUGAGAUUAAACAGGAUUAGUAAUGAACAGUAAUUCAAACUCAUAAAAAAAACUGUCUCUGUUUGUCCUCCAGACCUCCCCUCAGUGUCUCUUCUCCAGAAGUCUCCGUCCUCUCCGGUCACCUGCCACGCUUCAGGUUUCUACCCCAACAGAGCCAUGAUGCUCUGGAGGAAAGAUGGAGAGGAGCUUCAUGAGGAGGUGGACCUCGGAGAGACCCUCCCCAACCACGACGGAUCCUUCCAGAUGAGUGCUGACCUGAAAGUCCCGUCUGAUGACUGGGGGAAGUAUGAGUGUGUGUUUCAGCUGGCUGGUCAGAAGGACAUCAUCACCAACCUGGGCAAGAGUGUGAUCAGGACAAACUCUGGUGAGACUGGAAUCAAGAGUGAUGACAGUGGGAUGUUUACACAAACCGUCCUGUGUUAGACAAGGAUCUAUGUUGUCUUUUUUUUUUCAAAUUCAACAAUUUGUGUUCAGAAAAAAUAGUUUUAAGGAAUCGAUCAACUUCAAGUUUUCUUUUGUGCCACAAAAAUUGUUUUUCUAAAAUUUAUUCAUUUUUGUCCAUUUGAGAAGUCAUAUGAUGAUAACUUAAAUUAGUGUCACUUCUUUCAUCACUGCUCAUGUUCAUUUGUAUUUUCAGAGAUUAUGAGCUCUGUAAAAACAUCAGUUGAUGAAAUUAUUUAAUAACUGGCUUGUUGUGUGUAAUUCCUUUUAAAAAUUAGUUCAGUUAAAACUUAUUGUGCUAAAAAAUACAUGGAUCACAACAUUUUUGUUUUCUGCUCCACAGGGAAUCUCUUGUACACGAUCCUCAUUGUUGUUGCUGUGUUGAGUCUUCUCUCCACCAUCAUCUAUGGAGGAGUCUACCUCUCCAUGAAGAAGCAAAAUGGUGAGAGGUCAAAGCAGAGACAGUCUCUGUUUGUCUUUUUUAUCUUGUUUCCUAGUGGCGAAAGUAGAAAAAGAUAACAUUUUCAGAAUCCAGGAUGAGAUUCAGGAUGUGACAGGUGGAGGAUUUCAAAUGUGUUCAUUGUUUGUUUUCUUGUUUCUUUUCCAGCCAAACAUCCUCCAUCUCGUAAGUAAAGUUUGUUUUUAUCCUUAAUUUGACUUAAAUUUUUAAAUGAUGGUUUAAUUGCUAACAUGUUACUUUCUGAUCUUACAGCAGUCUUCAACCCCCUCUUGGUGGAAGAAAAAAUGCUUCCAAACCCAAGCGCCUAAAAGACAAACACACCACCCUGAACUCUGUGAGUCACAUUUGAUGAACCUGGUUUUGUUACCUGUUGUCACCCUUAAGCUGUGUGAAAACACAACUUUCUGAGGACUUUAGACAUGAAUCCAUAAUUAAUACCUUUUUUAUUGACACAUCCUUUGAAAAAAAAAUCAGAAAUGAUUUUGUCACUAAAGUUUUGUCCCUUCUGCUUUUUUUAAGGUUUGUGGAUACAUUUUCACCGUAACAAGGAGGAGAUCCAACACAUUUUCCUGGGAAUCAAUUGUUUUUUUUUCUUCAUACACAACAUAAAGUGAUCAGGGCUGGAAUCAUAUUUGUGAUGCUUAUUGAGAGAAAUACAGAAAAAUAAGUUUUAAAUUAGUUGACUAAUAAAUAACAAUAAUCUACAGCGCAUCUUCUCAAACAUAAAUUAGAAAUCAGGUUGUUUGUUUAGCUUUUGAUGAAAGUCCUGCUGAAAUAUAAGAAAAUCAUAUGAAGAUGAUUUCUUUUUUUUACCUGGAAAGCAGUUCAACACAAUCUUCAUCUGUGAAAGCGUCACACUGCUUUUUGUUCAUCCGUGAUAAAGAUUUCUGUGUUCAUCUUAUACGACGGAGUAUUAGAGCCAUAUUAAGUUUAAAAAAAAGUAGGACUUCAAGAUUAAAGUCGUUUACUUAUGAGAAUAAAGUCGUACUAAAAUCAUUAGUUAUGAGAAUAAAGUCCUCAUAUUCUAACCUGUUGUUUAAGACGACAGUUGUUGAAAUGAGAGCCAUGGAGCAUUUUGUGAAAAUGUACUCUAAUACUAGUUUCUCAAAAAAAGGAGAAACUUAAUCUUUUGGCACAUCAGCACCACAUUAUCAUGAGUAUCAUAAUGAUUUUAUUACGACUUUAUUCUCAUAAGUAAUUUCUUUAUUACAAAUUUAUUCUCUUAAGUUAACGACUUUAAUCUCAAAGUCUCUUUUUUUUUUUCUUAAUGUGGCCCCAAAACUUGGUCGUAAACCUAAACUCAUCUACAACAGUAACAGUUUGAUACUUCUGGUGUUGGGAGCUUUGCGCUUAAAUCAGUUUUGGUUUUAUGAACAUGAACAUGCUUUCACAUUUUCUGAUUAAUACUCAUGGGGUUAAGCAGCAGUCUGGAAUUACGAAAUUAUGAUUUAUGGGCUUUAAAGUUUUAUUAUAAUUAUUUUGUUUUUCUUUCAUGUCUGAUUUUAGUUUAGUUUAAAGGCUUCCUGUGCAUGAUGGCAUCCAAGUUCAACUCUAUGAAAGUCUAAUUUCUGAAACAUUGUCUUUUAUUUGUCAGACUUUAGUAUUUUUGGGAUGUUAAAUCUCUGAAAGUUUAUAAGUUGCUUGUUUUAAAUAUUUGUUUCUUAAACUGCCAUCAAAUAUCAAUCAAGACGUUUGUCAGACUUCAUUUAAUGAUCAUGAUAAUUUAAAAACAGUCGCUUCCACCCCCCUACGCUCGAUUUAUUGGAAGCGAACAUGGCCUACUUGUUGAGCUGGAGAAUAGGAUGAUUUGGAGCAGCCACGGUGGUUAACGUUAUCUGAUUGUAUGAGAAUAUCAUGGGAUUUUGAGGUAUCUUUCUUAGUUAGGGAAAAAAAUAGUCAAAAAAACAGACAGAUAAAAAAGAUAGAAUGAAAAGCAGAAUAAAAACUUGUCCAAAAAACAGAAAGAAGGGAAAAAAAUAUUAGUCCAAAGGAAAAACAGAAGGAAAAAAUUGUCCGAAAAACAGAAAGAAGGAAAAAUUCGUCCGAAAAACAGCAACGUAAAAAAUAUACUUAAAGAAACAGUUUCCAUUUUGUUGUAAGUGAAUGCAAAACGCUUCCGUAGUGUAAAUAUUUAUGUAGAACAACAUAAAAAAGCUGUGUCUGCUCCAAAAACACAAACGAAUUUAUGAUUUUUGUGUUUUAAAGUUUUUAUUAUAAUUGUGUUGUUUUUUUUCUUUCAUAAGUCUGAUUUCAGUUCAGUUUAUAGGCUUCCUGUGCAUAAUGGCAUCAAAGUACAAUGCAAUGAAAGUCUAAUUUCGGAAACAUUGUCUUUUAUUUGUAAGUGUUUAAGUCAUUGUGGGAUGUUACAUUUCUGAAGGCUAGUUACUGAUUGUAAAUGUUUGCUUCUGCUGUUGAAGACGAUGGUGAUGACCAGUGUUUACCUUGUUUGAGGUCAAGUAGAAGAUUUAGAAGGUCUUUUGUACCCAAGGCUUUCAGACUUCUUAAUUCUUCUGUAAAUAGAGGAUGAAAUAAAUUUCAAUAAAGUUCUUGUAUUAAAGAAGAGAGGUGAUCAGUGCUCACCUUGUUUAGGUCAAAUUGCCUUGCUGUGUGAUUAUUUUUGGACUUCUACUUUUUCAGUAAAACACCUAUAAUCCAAAUACCUGUCCUUUUUUAUGAUUUCUUAUUUAAAACACUCAAACCAAGCCUGUAUUUUUUUUUAUAGAUGUGAUCAUGUAAUUUUAAACAGUGAUGACAUUCUUUGAGACGUUUGGAGAAACUUGUGUCCUUGUAUGGUUUUCAUCUGUAAAGGUUUAUGCACAAAUGAAUGUGAGAACUAUUUAUAAAAGUUAGAGUUUAUGAAGAGAGGAGGUGAGCUUUAGUUUUCAAGAUUUGGUUCAUAUGAUUCUUAGAGUAUAAACAGACUUGAACUCAUUCAACUUCUAACCACAUGAUGGCACGAUCACAAUCGAGCUGUUUUAACAUCUUACUUCAAUUCAUAAUUUCAGUGCCUCAGGCUGAAUUCUUAUUGGUUGAGACAGGAGUUAAAGCCGUCGCUCUUUUUCUCUUCUUACCUUUCUCCUCACUGAGAGUUGAAAUGUAAACAUUGGAGCUACCAGCAGGUCUUGUUGUGUCAAAUGUCAAAGUUGUGAAUUUUCCGAAGAUUAAGACUCCACAGAUCACAAUGAAGACUCUGAUCAUCCUGAUGGUCCUGGGAUUGAUCCUCCCUGACACGACAGCGAGUGAGUUCAGAUUUAUUUAAGAUGUUUUGUUGUAAAGAGAGAAAUGAGUAAUCUGUUCAGAAAAUGUAGACAUGAAUUUAAGGUUCAUUUGAUGCAAAGUUUCAAGUUUUUGGCAUAGAGAUGUUAAAAAGUGUAUAUAUUUACAUUUUGUCUUUUGCCUGUGAGUAGACUGUUUUGUUUUCAGGUCAGUAAAUCUGUUGAUGGAGCAAAAAAAAAAGCGCCAAUUCCCGAGAAAAGCUUUAAAAAGUCCGAUUAUUAUGUGUCCAAUAAAUAAUAGCCUCUAAUAUCAGAAUAAUUCAUUAAUUUAUUAAUUAAAGGACAGUUGAUGUCAAAAAGCAGCACAAACCAUUGACAAAGAAAUACAGAAAAUAGAGAUAAAUACGUUUAAAAAAAAUAUCUGAUCCUAAACUAUAAAAAGAUUUCUUGCCUCUGUUGAAGAUUGUACAUCAUAAUGUACUCUAUUUAUUAACCAUGACUAUUUUUUAAAAUGUCAGUUUAAAAUUUGUUAAUUCAUUUUAACAACUAUAUCUCCACAGUCUUUCAGUCAUUAAAUUUCAUGAAAAUUUUGCUUAUAGAAACACAUUAUCAGCGAUUACCUACACAAACCAGAUAUAAAGAUCACCUCUUAUAUUUUUGUAUAAGUAUACAAAGAAAACCUUGAGGCCAUAAAGCCACAGUAAAAUUUUGUAGUAUCUAAUAUUAUUUUAUUGCAGAUAUUUUGGUGUCUGUACUUUUGUUUGCUGGUAAAUUACAGGAAAGAGUUUAUCCACUAGAGAGCAGUCUGAUGUCUUGGCUGAAUUAGACCCCAAUAACAAACUGAUCAAUAUCUGAAAUCAUCCAUAUCAUCUUUUGCCUCAUAUAUCCAGUUUUGAUGACACACAGCUUUACACUGCCGUGUUUUUUGUGUGUGCGUCUGUUUGUGUGAGUGUUAUGUGUGUUGAAUGUAGGUUAGGAGGAAGGGUGGGGCUCUGUAUUUGUAUUUUAAUCCAGUUUGAUUGAUAUUAGCAGUUAUUGUUGAGUUUCUGUUUACAGAGUCAACUUAAACUUGACAGAUUGGCGCAUUUAAAACGAGAAGAAAUUGUUUUUUUAAAGAAAGUUUAUAUCAGAAAGCAGAUGGCAGCACAGGAUUUAAAAAUAAGAAGAAGAAAAAUAACUUUUUUAAUCCCUAAUGGGAAAUUCAGUUCAAUUCAUGCAUGAAGAUUACUCUGCUGAUAACUUUUAAAUAAUCAAAUUUUUGUCUUUCCAUUAAUUAGAGUUUUUUCUGACUGCAGUGUGUGAAUAAAAACUGAAAGAUUGAAUUAUUUUGUCCUUACAGGGUCUCACUCUCUGAAGUAUUUCUAUACUGGGUCCUCUGGAGUUCAAGACUUCCCAGAGUUUGUGGCUGUUGGGAUGGUUGAUGAUCUUCAGAUCGUCUACUUUGACAGUAACACCUAGAGAGCAGUACCUAAACAGGACUGGAUGAUCAGAGUCACAGAAGGUGAUCCUAGAUACUGGCAGCGAGAGACUCAAGGUUUAAAAGCUGUCCAGCAGAGCUUCAAAGCUGUGUGGUUUCCAAAUUUGGCACGGCGCUUCAACCAGACUGGAGGUUUGUUUAUGUUUCUCCUAAGAAGCAGAAGUGUGUUUUCGUCCAUGGAGUUUAAACAGUUCACUGAAGUCUUUGUCUCUCUCAGGGGUCCACGUUGUCCAGAGGACGUACGGCUGCGAAUGGGAUGAUGAGACCAAUAAUAACACUGGUUUAAAUAAUUAUGGUUACGAUGGUGAGGAUUUCGUAGUGCUGGACCUGGAGACAAUGACGUAUGUUGCUUGUAAACCUCAGGCUGUCCCCACCGAACAGCAGUGGAAUAACGACAAAGGUCUCAUUGCAAAGAACAAGCUAUACUUUGCCAAAAUUUGUCCUGACUGGCUGAAAAGAUACCUGGAGUUUGGAAGGAGCUCUCUGAUGAGAACAGGUAAGAUCACAGACAUGAAGCUGGUGGUGGUGGCUGAUGACUUUCUGGGACCAGAUGGAUGAAGAUGGAUGAUUCAACGUUUUUUCGAUUUAUAACUAAUGCCAUGACUGCUUCUUUCUUCUUCCAUAAAUAAGGAAACAAACCCACAUAUACAUAUUUGUGGAUAUCUUAAAUAGAGCAAUGUUGUUCAUAAUAAUUAGCACUAGUCAUAAGGACAUUUGAGAUAUAUUUAACUUUUAUUUCACCUUGUCAAAACUGAAUUACAGAUAUCUGCAAAUGUCAUUUCAGGUGUGUGACGAGCUGAAUGUUGGUUUCAGUGACGUUUUAUUUAAAUCAGUUUUUCCUAUAUGUAGUCAAAACUGAGUUACAGAUACUAACCUGACCAUGCAAACUUUACUAGACUGUGUUGGACCACCAGGAGAGGGCGGGCCUUGGCUUGUUCUCGUGUUCGCCACUCCUAAAGAAAGUAAAGAGUUUCAGGCUAAACAGAUGUCAUUCCUGAGGCACGAAGGACAGAGUAUCACUGAUGUUCAAGGCGUACUCAACCCUUCACCCCUUGACAUGAACACUACUCUGAUCAAUGCCAUUAGCUCUCUUGUGGAUGAGUGUAACACUGCACCUGCUGAAACUCAACCCUACAGAAGGCUACGCAUGUUCAUGAAAAAAAGAGAAUCAUUUAAAGUCUAAAGGGUCCGGCUGCAGACAUUGUGAGAUUUCUGAGAUUACAGAAUCCUACUGCAACCUCAUAUGACUACAUGCAAGCUUUGGAAACUCCUUUUUGGACAACUGAGAAUGCCCCUCGACCUGCUUGUGAAAUUCAGACACACUUAUCAAAGUGAAGGAGAGAAACCGUCUGAGUACCUGCUUAAGUUGGAUAAACUUCUCCACUGUGUAUUCAGGAAAGUCGGUGUAGAUUGUGCAAGUUGUUUAAGGUGCAUUGCAGCAGGACAUGAUUGCCCUUCGCAUCCGCAUGCCGCACACAAACUUCGAGAUCCACCCACCUUUAAUGAACUGCUGAAAGAGGUGAGGGCAAAAGAGGAUGUGCUUGACAGCAGGAAUGGUGUGAAGCACAAAGUAAUGUCAAAGCCUGUUACACCUGUUACACCUGAUACCAAGUCUGAUCCUGAGACAACAGUUCACAGCUAAAAAAAGGGGACCAGUGUCAUGAAGGCAUGUCAACUUCACAGCCUGAAGUACCUACAAUGUCAACAUACAAGAGGAGUGAAACUCCACAAAAGGCUGGCAGUGGAGAGGAUAGACCAGAGAUCUUUCGUUAUAGAUAUGAGGAGGAUGGACACUUUAAGAGAGAGAGUAUUCAGGAGAAGAAAAUUUCAAAAGAGUUAACAAACGCCUCAUCAAUAUGAUGAAGAUGACGGGAAACUACCGCAGAAACCAGUAGAGGAAUGGCUUGGCUUACCGGUGGUCGAAACACGUUCUACCAAGUGAAUGAAUUCAGACAAGAAAGUAGAAGACACUAUACCUGAAGGUUUAGUGGGGCCCAGCUCUGUUGUUACAGUACAGACUGAAGGCAUUUACUUAAAGACAUGCUGAACUAGCUAUUAAAUGUUAAAACAGCUUGCAUUAGUGUGAUGGUUUGGAAUGAUGCAAAGGCCAGCGGCAUUGGGGUGUGAUGGUUUGGAAUGAUGCAUAGCCUGAUGGGGAUGGGGUGUGAUCGAUUGGAAUGAUGCAUAGAACGACGGCAAUAAGGUGUGAAGGUUCGGAAUGAUGCAAAGCCUGAUGGUGUUGGAAUGUGAUGGUUCGAAAUGAUGCUUAGCCCAAUAGCACUGGGGUAUGAAGGUUUGGAAUGAUGCAAAACCCAAUGGCGAUGGGAUGUGAUAGUUUGGAAUGAUGCAAAACCCAAUGGCGAUGGGAUGUGAUAGUUUGGAAUGAUGCUUAGCCCAAUAGCACUGGGGUAUGAAGGUUUGGAAUGAUGCAAAGCCUGAUGGCAUUGAAGUGGGAUGGUUUGGAAUGAUGCAUUGCACGAUGGCGUUGGGGUAUGAUGGUUUGAAAUAAUGUACAGCCUGAUGGCGUUGAGGUGGGAUGGUUCGGAAUGAUGCCUAGCCAAAUGGCGUUGGGAUGUGAUGGUUCGGAAUGAUGCAUAGCCCAACAGCAGUUGGGUGUGAUGGUUCGGAAUAAUGCAUAGCCUAAUGGCGUUGGGGUGUGAUGUGUUUGGAAUGAUGCAAAGCCUGAUGGCCAUAGGGUGUGAUGCGUUUGCUCUAAAGAAUGAUGCACAGCCUGAAGGCUUUUGGCUGCUUCACAGGUAAAAACAGAACAAUUAAACAAGGUGAAAGCAAACACAGCAUCCAUCAACAAUCAAGGUGGAUAUUUAUAUAUGGAGAACUUUCAUAUGAGUCUGAUGUGGCUUUUGAAGCUGAGAUGCCUUUACUCUGAAAACAUGAUGUGAAGCCAGACAUCUUAAGCAUUGAGAUGUCCUGCUUGUGUGAUAUAAGGCAAGAGAGUAAGGACGGCAAUGAAACGUAUUGAUUGAUUUAUAUUUAAUUUACCAAAGGCAGCUUGCUUCACUUGGAUCGAGGGUAACCAGGUUUAAUGCUUGAAUUCUUCAAACUCCUAAUCUUAUAAAAUGCCAGAAGGUGGAUCCCUGAGUUUGUGGUGCAUUUCUGUCAGGUGCGUUAGAGAGUCACUGCCGCAGUCUAGGGUGUCAAAAAUCAUGGCAGAUGAAAAUGCUUGAAGCUGGAGCUGGGUUGAUGCCAUGAGCUCUUGACAUUUCCAGUAUAUCUGGUUCUGUUUCUUCCUGACUGGUAGCUGACACUGACACUGAUUGCUUGUGGGGUGGAUUGUGAUCCAAAAAUGUCGGCACUAACCGGGUCGACGUUUGAGUCUGUCUGACACUUGCUAUGUAAAAAAGCUGACUGUGAGGGUGUGCUAUCAUGCAAUUGGAUAAAGAAGACACUUGUGAAUGGCUGAUUAACCAAUAACUGCCCUAAGUGAUGACAGCAGAAAAAGUGAGAAGGUAUUGAGUGGGAAAGACACUUAAGCAGCUGUAAAGGCUUUUACAAGAUAUUGAAAAAAUUUAGAUCUAACAGUAAUUUCAAUGAAAAGUAAUUGAAUUUCCCCUCAGGGAUAAUAAAGUUCUUAUUUAUUUUAUUCAAAGUCGUAGAGAAACUGUAAACUGUCUCUGUUUGUCCCCUAGACCUCCCUUCAGUGUCUCUCCUCCAGAAGUCUCCGUCUUCUCCGGUUACCUGCCACGCUUCAGGUUUCUACCCCGACAGAGCCAUGAUGUUCUGGAGGAAAGAUGGAGAGGAGCUUCAUGAGGACGUGGACCUUGGAGAGACCCUUCCCAACAACGACGGAUCCUUCCAGAUGAGUGCUGACCUGAAAGUCCCGUCUGAUGACUGGGGGAAGUAUGAGUGUGUGUUUCAGCUGGCUGGUCAGAAGGACAUCAUCACCAAACUGGACAAGACUAAGAUCAGGACAAACCGCGGUGAGACUGGAAUCAAACAUUCUCUUUAAUCAACUUCAUCUGUUCAGAGUUUGACUUCAUUUUGUUGUUUUCUGCUCCACAGUGAAACCCUUGUACAAGAUCCCCAUUGUUCUUGCUGUGUUGAUUCUUCUGUCCACCAUCGUCUGUGCAGGAGUCUACCUUUACAAGAGGCUAAAUGGUGAGAGGUCAAAGCAGAUUCAGUCUCAAUUGGUCUCCUUUAUUCUCGUUCUCGUUUGUGUCCUCAUGGCAAAGGCAGAAAAACAGGUGACAGGCAAAGGAUUUCAAAUGGGUUCAUUAAUUGUUUUCUUGUUUUUAUUCCAGCCAAACUUCCUCCAUCUCGUAAGUAGAGAUUGUUUCAUCCUUAGUUUGACCUAAAAGCCUUAAAUGAUGGUUUAAUUGCUAACGUGUUGCUUUCUGAUCUUACAGCAGUCAACAACUCCGGUGUGGAGAGGGAGAAACUGCUUCCAAACCCAAACGCCUAA